CGGUUCUGCUCGCAGCUUCCACUCUCAGGUUGAUGUUCUGUAGUGUGUGAGGGAAUGUCAUGACCGACCGCGUGUCCUGCUAAACUAUACUGACCGAUGGAGUCGCUGCUGAGGGGAGAGUUCGGGUUCGGAGGAGGAAGUGAUGCGCUGGGAGAGGAAGUGCGCGAGAUGCGAUGGCCCGUGUCUCUGGACAUCGAUCGCUUCGCUGCGGCGUAUCACGAGAUCCGGGUCAGGCUGGCCGGUCUGGAGAAGGAGAACAGCAGCAUCAGGAGGAAGCUCAGGACCUACGAGAUGAAGUUCCCCACCAUCACCCGGCUGGAGGACGGAGGGGGGGGCGUGUGCUGUCUGUGCGACUCGGACGAGGUGGAUCUGAUCCAGACCCAGAACAGCAACCUGCAGCAGAAGAUCAGCACGCUCUUCCAGGAGUUGCAGGAGAGUAAAGCUCACGAGCUUCGGCUGGAGGAGGUGAUCAGAGCGUACGAGAGAAUCCACCUGGAGAAGAGCAGCGUCCAGAAGGAGCUCGACGAAAUGACGACCCUGGCGGAGCAGCAUGUGGAGAGGAUCCAGGCGCUGGAGACGUCGUUGGGACGGAGAGAGAAUCUACAGCAGAAGAAGAGCUUCACUCACUACCUCCACCUGUACACCAGCCUGGACGCACCCUAUGGUGCACACCGCCGCCGCCUUCAUCAUCAUCAUCAUCAUCAUGUACCAUCAUCAUCUCCAUCAUCAUCAUCUCCAUCAUCAUCAUCAUCGCUGGAUGGUCCGGGUCCCAGUCUGCAGAGCUCACGCAGUCUGGACGCUCUGACCGAUCAGAAGGUCCAGCGUCUGGAGGCGGAGCUGGAAGGGGCGUGGCACGAGGCUCGGCGGGCGUGUCAGAGGGAGGCGGAGCUUAAGGCAGAGCUGCAGCAGCUGCAGGAGGAGAUCAGAGAGGAGAAACAGAGACAGCUGCAGGAGGAGUCGGAGGCCGAGUGUGAGCACUGCUGCGUGGAGUGGAUCCAGAAGGCAGGAGAUGAACAGGUGAACCUGGCUCUCGCCUACACCGAGCUCAUGGAGGAACUGAACCGGAUCCGGACCCUGACCACCGAACAGAACCACAUCCUGCACCACAACCGCAGCCCCCUGCAACCCAGCAGCCCCGUGCUGAGGCACGGCCCCGCCUCUCCCCCCUCUGACCCCGCCCCACCGUCACCUCACGCGAUGAGGUCACACUUCCAAGGUCGCCGUAGUUACUCGGACAUGGCCGACCCUUCCUUCUCGCCUCGGACCAUCCGUACUCCCGUCUCGACCCUUCCGAAACGCAGAAGCUCCAGCCGCGCCCACCUGAGGCCGGUGCCAGUAGGACCACGCCCGUCCUCCGCCCACGGGGCACUGCAGCUCAGCUACCAGCUCCCUGACUCCGCCCCCGGCCCGCUGGCCACACCCCCUCAGUCCUCGGAGGAUGAGGAGGAGGAGUGGGUGGAGCUCAGGGUGAUGACGCCUCCUCAUUUACACCCUGCCAGUGAGCACGCUCAGUCCUGGCCAUCAAUCAGAUUGUGGAUGGAGCUGGAGGAGAGCGAGUUUCGGAGUUGCCCCCUGUGCCAGCUCCUGUUCCCCACCGGAUUUCCGGACGACGCCCUCAUCACCCACAUCGAUACUCACCUGGAGAACAGCAAGAUCUAGCCAGCAGGUCGGGUUCCUCUCAGUCUGGGAGCACGGAGGUACCGAUCGUACGGAACGCUGAGAACGUCUCGUCUUUAUUUUUAUUACGUUAAUGUUACAGCAAUAACUGUCCAAAAGUAUGCGGACACGCCUUUAAACGAUUGAUUUACACUGCUGAAGGUCCCAGUCCAGAGCUCAACCCCACUGAAGACCUCGAGUCAGGUCUUCACGUCCAGCAUGCACAGUCCAAAAUCUUCCCAGAGGAGCAGGCCAACGUUUUGGGUGUCCACAUACUUUUGGCUCUAUAUUGUGCUCACCACUGUAGUUCUAGUUCUCUGUGACUGUAAAUGACUUAUAAUAACGUUUAUAAUGUUUGUGUCUCGUGUCCAGCGAUUAUACUGUGACUGGCGUCUUAAUUUUUUUGAUAAUGUUGUUCGUUAAAUAAUCUUAACUAUUUACCAUCGUCACGUGUACAGCGUUUAGCAGGAGCGACGGACACAGGAGGUUCCUCAAAACCCUUUUCCACGCACGUGGAACCGGUUCGCGCACCCAAUGUUGAACCGUCCGGCUAAGUAAACAGGUUCCGAAUCGGGAACCGUUGGCACCCGUGGGCGUGUCAGGUCAUUACCGCUGUAACUACUUUCGUUGUGCGGCGCCCUCUGUCGGCGACCCUCGCUUCCAAUUAAACUGUUCCACACGUGGGUCGGUUCUCUGAAUAGCGCCGAGGUUCUGAGAGGCCGGAACUGAAGUUCUUGUGGUCUAAAGGGCUGUUAGUACAGAGUUCUGACUCCAGUACAAAUACACACCAGUAUUAUUAUUAUUAUUAUUAUUAUUAUUAUUUACUGGGGUGCUCGGGUGGUGGGGCGCUCUGGUGUCGGAACUAGAGAGCUAGGAUCUCAACACCAACACCUUGAGGGAGGGAAGGUCGGGCGAGGUUUCUUCCCACUGCGAUCUAUGGCUGGGACUGAUGGAGCUUAGCGUGUCUCUCCGUACGUGAUACGGCUCUCUGUGGGAACCCAACACUGGCAUGUACUGAGAAGCGCUGCAGACUGGAUACGUGUCAAAAAGUGAUCCCUCUCUCUUCGAUCAGACCGGGCAUUAUGCAAGGUGCAGCAGGUUCACAGUGGGGAACUGGAUAUGACUAAAUAGUAGACUGGUUGUGUUUUAUGUUCUUUAAACGUGUUUGUGUCGUUAUUCUUGUACUGAAGACUGUAAGGGCUCACAUCUGACCAUCGACUGUUCAACCUUAUUUAAACGUAAUAAAGAACGUUCAACAAUUUA